AUGCCUGGCCCUUGGUUGCUGCUCGGCUUGGCUUUGACCCUGACCAAUGUCCCCAGCGGCCGCGCCCAGCCCGAGGUGGUCCAGCAGGAGGCGACCUUGCCCACCGCGCGCCCAAACCUGGAGGACCUGCUCCGCCAGGCCGAGCGCCUCCUCCUUCUCGGGGAAGAACUCCGUAGGCUGAGAGCGGACCCAGGUCAGCGUGAAGCAGAACUCCUGACCCUUCAACAUGACUGGCUCUCCAAGCGCCAGCAUCCAGGUAAAAGAGAGGAAGAGACAGACGAGGGAGUUGAAGAGGAGGUUGAAGAAGAAGGGGAGACCAUGGUGCCCCCAAAACGCCAGCACCCUGGUCGGCGAGAGGAUGAGGCUCCUUGGUCAGUUGCCAUAACCCAGUACAAGAGGCAGCACCCUGGCCGGCGCUCCCCCUGGCUCGGGUACACUGUCACCAAGAGGCAGCAUCCAGGCAAAAGGCUGGUCGAUCCCAAGGCCCAGAGGAGCAGAGAAGAGAAGGAGGAGGAGGAGAAGGAGGAUGAGGAGGAGAGAGAGCUGACGCUUGAGAGACGCCAGCAUCCGGGCAGGAGGGCCGUAGGAGGCCCCUGUGGGCCCUGGAGAACCUGCGACCAAGCAGCCUUCCUCCUUGGGCUCCUCGGUGACCUGAGCCAGGGACCUCAGGAAAAGCGGCAGCACCCUGGUCGGCGGGCAGCCUAG